UGUGUGCGACCGUGCGACGUACGAUCACUUUCAUGUGGAAAUGUUUCCUUAAAACAUCUGGAGAGAUUCUAUAUGAAAAUGUCAUCUAUAAACUGUAAGCGAGAAGAAGUGGAUGCUCAGGAAGAGCUUACUAUAAAAGAGGAACUUAACAACAAGAUCAAAGAGCAAAAGAUCGUAAUCGACGAGUUGUCCAAUUUGAAGAAAAACAGGAUAGUCUACACACAGCAACCCAACAGCAAUAUAUUCUUCCUGGCAGACAAGGGAGAAACUCUCAGCUCUUGCAAAAAGGAACUGGACACCAUGACAAAAGAAUAUCAAGAUUUAUAGUGCUGCUGUGUGAAAAUGUGUGGGAUCUGUUGUGUGGUCAGUUUGACCACGCCGCAAGAUUCACUUGAGAAUCA